UUGGGGGUUCUUUCAGGGUGUUAUUAUUCCAGAUCGUUCCACUUAUUAUGGAUCCAGAAGCAUGUUUGAUCAGCAUAGGGACAUGAGACUUGACAUUGACGACAUGGGCUAUGAGGAACUUCUUGCACUGGGAGAAAGAAUUGGCCAUGUAAAUACUGGCUUGUCGGAGGAGCUGAUUUCAAAGUGUCUGACCGAGUCAAUUUAUUGUUCCUCAGACCAAAUUCACGAGGAAGGAAAUUGUGUUAUCUGUUUGGAAGAGUAUGUGAACAUGGCUGAUGUCGGGACGCUGAAAUCGUGCAUCCAUGAUUUUCAUGUGGGGUGCAUAAGAAAAUGGCUGUCGAUGAAGAACGCGUGUCCGAUCUGCAAGAAAACUGCUUUGGAUGACGACGAUAUGAAAGAAAAAUGAUCUAUUUAGUUAUGACCUAUUGGCAUAAACUUUGUGUAAAUAUGUAUUUAGAACAUUUCUCCAAUGUGGGAAAAACUAGCUUCACCUCAAAAUUUGUACAGCAAAUGUUGUAUUAUCAUCAGUCAUCCUUUCAAAUGUUUAAAGGAUCUCUUUGUACCUC